UGACCAAAGAAAUACUUACAGCCGCCUCUGUUUGUGCUUCUUUUUGCUUGCCUGUGAGUUUGCGUGUAUAUUAUUUAUUUGCUUCCAUCAUCAGUUCAGUGUUGCGUGCUCCUCGCAAAACCCAUUUGAGCUCCCCUUCUGAUACUGCUUGUUUUUGAUGUUUUAAUCAAGUAUUAUAUUUUCUUUCUAUCAAAUUUACAGGAAGGUGCUGUUCUUUGCAGAAACAUUUCUGUAGUCGGCGGCAGAUCUUUGAAUUGGUCAUUUUCUGUAGCCGACUUGUAAAUUGUCUUGGUCUUUGUUUCAUAUCGGUGGUUUAUUUUUCGUGGUCGACUCAGAAAUUUCCUUAUAAUUAUCUUUACCUUCUUCAAUAUGAAGACUUAGAUAAGCCCGCAGGAACCAAAUUUAUUAUAAAAUCUCAAGAUCUUUUGUAUUCUCCAAUUUUGCCAUUUCCAAACUUUAUUGUUAUUUCAAGUUUCAGGUGCUGUUGAUAAGAGAGAGAAAGAGGUUGCAAGUCAAAAAAAAAAGAGAGAGAAAGAGGUUUUGAGUCUUGAAAUUUGGAGGAGUUUGUUAGCUGAUUGAUGGGAGGGAAGAGCUCAAAAGGGUCGAGUAGGAGGCAUAUUUCAUCAUACGGUGCAUCCAAUUCAUCAUCAUCAUGGAAUCAGUACGGAUACCCGCAAGCAUCACCAUAUCCAUAUCCAUCUCAACAAAACCAAUAUUACACGCCUCAGCAACAUCAGCCCUCUACUUCUUCUUAUAGUUAUGAAGCAGAAAGGCCUCAGCCACAGAGGAGGUUGGAUAGGAAAUACUCCAGGAUUGCUGAUGAUUACAAGACCUUGGAUCAGGUCACUGCUGCUCUUGCUCAAUCUGGCCUGGAGUCUUCUAAUCUCAUUGUUGGCAUUGAUUUCACAAAAAGCAAUGAGUGGACAGGAGCAAGAUCAUUCAAUCGACGAAGCUUACAUCAUAUUGGCAAUGGACAAAAUCCAUAUGAACAGGCAAUAUCAAUUAUUGGCCGGACUUUAUCUGCAUUCGAUGAAGAUAACUUAAUUCCAUGUUUUGGAUUUGGAGAUGCAUCCACUCAUGAUCAAGAUGUCUUCAGUUUCCAUCAAGAUGAAAGAUUCUGCAAUGGAUUUGAGGAAGUGCUAACACAGUACAGAGAAAUUGUUCCCCAACUCAAACUUGCAGGACCAACAUCUUUUGCACCCAUCAUUGACAUGGCCGUUACUAUUGUUGAGCAAAGUGCUGGACAGUACCAUGUCCUGUUGAUAAUUGCUGAUGGGCAGGUAACAAGGAGCGUUGAUACACAGCAUGGUCAACUCAGUCCACAGGAGAAAAAGACAAUUGAUGCAAUUGUAAAAGCAAGUGAAUAUCCUUUAUCAAUAAUUUUAGUCGGGGUUGGUGAUGGGCCAUGGGACAUGAUGAGAGAGUUUGAUGAUAACAUCCCUGCUCGAGCCUUUGAUAAUUUCCAGUUUGUGAACUUCACGGAAAUAAUGUCAAAAAAUGUGAACGAAUCCAGAAAAGAGACGGAGUUUGCUCUAGCAGCAUUGAUGGAAAUACCUGCUCAAUACAAAGCAACUAUUGAGCUUGGCAUAUUGGGUCGACGGACAGGGAAUGCUUCAGAGAGGGUUCCUCUACCCCCACCUCUUCAUGGACCAUCUUCUUUCAGCAACAGUGUAAAACCUUCCCACUCAAGCAGCUUUCAGCAACGUGCACCUUCAUAUUCUGGAUAUGAUUCAUCAAUACCUUCCUAUUCUGGAUAUGACUCACCAGUUGCUGGAUAUGAUACGCCAGCAAACACAGCUUCAUAUUCAAGUUCUACUUAUGAUAACCAGGUUUGUCCCAUUUGUCUUACUAAUAAAAAGGACAUGGCCUUCGGUUGUGGGCAUCAGACUUGUUGCGAGUGUGGAGAAGACCUACAAUCAUGCCCCAUAUGUCGAAGCCCAAUACAGACUAGAAUCAGGCUGUAUUGAUUACCUUCAAUGCACAUCUCUGAGAUUGGUCUCUGCCACCAAUGAGUUUGGUUCGGUGAAAACUGAUUCAAACGCCCAUUUUCCGAAGGCAGGGACAGGAGUGUGGCUCAUUUCUUGGUAGAUGUAUUCUUUGGCAUGAGACAAAGGGAAAAUCAAGCUGCAAGGGAAGUGCAUAACUAUUGGGGCCUGGUAAAUAUUUGCAACAAGAGUUUGAUUCUAUAAUGUCCUGCCAAAUAUGGUCAUUCUUCCUCAUCAAAGCUUCUCCUUCACUAUAUGAUUAUAGCAGAAUCUAGCUGUUGAAAGGCUCUUUAGAUUGUUGGUUGAUUUGGGUUUUAGGGCAGAUAGAUGAAUAAGGACUCGAGUCCACAUUAUUAUUUUGUUUGUUUUAAUCUCUAGUCAUUUGUGAUUUUUUUUUUUUUUUUGAGAAACAUUUGUGAUUGAGAAAAAGAUAUCUGUAGUUUUGUCCUUCUGGUUGAGGAGAAAUGUAUAUGAAGUUUUUAUUUUGUUAA